CCGUUGUAGAGGGGAGAAAGCUCUACCCCUGCCUUGUAUUGACUCCCUUCAACUCCACCAAAGGCUAUUUACGAACUCUUUGUGUUGGCGUGGAUUUCCGAUGCACGUCAACUCCGGGAUUCUUUUCUCACCUGCCAUUAAAAUCUACUUGUCCAACUAUGCAGAAUGAGUUACUUCUCCCUUCCCCAUGUGCCAAGACGAGGAGGAGGAGCGAGGGGUCAUUACUACCCUUGCUGAGGUCUCGAAGAGCAGCCAAUCGCCAUCCUCUCUUCCCUCAAUACAAUUACCAGGUUCAAGUGGCUGAAAACCAACCUCCGGGGACGGCUGUGAUAACAAUGGCAGCUCAGGACCCCGAUUCAGGUGACGCUGGGCGGCUAUUGUACUCUAUGGAUGCUCUGAUGAACAGCCGGUCACUGAAGCUGUUUAGCAUAGACUCCCAUAAUGGCCUCAUCACCACCACUGAAGUUUUGGACAGGGAGAACAUGGACUUACACUACUUCCGGGUGACUGCUGUGGAUUAUGGGGUUCCCCGUCUUUCAGCCACCACCAUGGUUGCUAUCACCGUGGCAGACAGAAAUGACCAUAAUCCAGUAUUUGAGCAGAGUGAGUACAGAGAGACUAUCAGAGAAAAUGUAGAAGAGGGCUACCCUAUCUUACAGCUGAGGGCCACAGAUGUGGACUCCCCGCCCAAUGCCAACAUAAGAUACCGUUUUGUAAAUGCUCAAGCAGCCCACUCUGUCUUUGAAAUAGAUUCACGGUCAGGGCUGAUCACCACAAGUGGGCAAGUGGACCGAGAGAAAAUGGAGAAAUAUUCUUUGGUGGUGGAGGCCAACGAUCAAGGGAAAGAACCUGGUCCUCGAUCUGCCACAGUUAGAGUCUAUAUCACAGUCCUUGAUGAGAAUGACAAUGUCCCGCAGUUCAGUGAGAAGCGCUAUAUAGUCCAGGUAAGAGAGGAUAUAAGACCCCAUUCAGAAAUUCUGAGAGUUACAGCCACUGACUUGGACAAGGACAAUAAUGCUUUAGUUCAUUAUAAUAUCAUCAGCGGGAACAGCAGAGGACAGUUUUCCAUUGACAGUGUAACGGGAGAAAUACAGGUGGUGGCUCCUUUGGAUUUCGAAGUUGAGCGAGAAUAUGCCCUGAGAAUCCGUGCCCAGGAUGCAGGGCGGCCUCCUCUAUCUAACAACACAGGCAUGGUUAGCAUUCAGGUGGUGGACAUUAAUGACCAUGCCCCCAUUUUUGUCAGCACUCCCUUUCAAAUAUCUGUCCUGGAAAAUGCUCCCUUUGGUCAUUCAGUGAUUCACAUUCAGGCUGUGGAUGCAGAUUAUGGAGAAAACUCUCGACUGGAGUACAAGCUUUCUGGGACCUCCUCUGAUACCCCCUUCGUGGUGAACAGUGCCACUGGCUGGAUUACUGUAAGUGGCCCCUUGGAUCGAGAAACUGUGGAGCACUAUUUCUUUGGGGUAGAGGCUCGAGACCAUGGCUCCCCAACUUUAUCAGCUUCUGCUAGUGUCACCAUCACUGUAAUGGAUGUAAAUGACAAUCGCCCUGAAUUCACUCAGAAAGAAUAUUUCAUCCGUCUUAAUGAAGAUGCUGGUGUGGGAACCAGCGUUCUCAGCGUCACAGCCAUUGAUCGGGAUGUGAACAGUGCCAUCAGCUACCAGAUAACAGGUGGGAACACACGGAACCGCUUUGCCAUCAGUACUCAGGGGGGAGUGGGUCUGAUCACCCUCUCUUUGCCCCUGGAUUACAAACAGGAGAGGCGCUAUGUGCUCACAGUGACAGCUUCUGAUCGAACUCUGCAUGACAAUUGCCACGUGCACAUCAACAUUACUGAUGCCAACACUCAUAGGCCAGUGUUCCAGAGUGCCCAUUACUCUGUGAGUGUUAAUGAGGAUCGUCCUGUAGGCAGCACAGUGGUAGUGAUUAGUGCCACUGAUGAUGAUGUGGGGGAGAAUGCCAGGAUUACUUACUACUUGGAUGACAAUAUCCCCCAGUUUCGCAUUGAUGCUGACACUGGUGCCAUCACAUUACAGGCAGAGCUGGAUUAUGAAGACCAAGUCACUUAUACCCUGGCUAUUACAGCCAAAGAUAAUGGGAUCCCUCAGAAAGCUGAUACAACCUAUGUAGAAAUCAUGGUAAAUGAUGUGAAUGACAAUUCUCCCCAGUUUGUUAGUGCUCACUAUCAAGGCAUCAUCUCUGAGGACAGCCCUCCCUUCACUAGUGUCCUUCAGAUCUCUGCCACUGACCGGGAUGCCCAUGCCAAUGGACGCGUGCAGUACACCUUCCAGAGUGGGGAGGAUGGGGAUGGGGACUUCACAAUAGAACCCACUUCUGGGAUUAUCCGCACUGUCCGCAAGCUGGACCGUGAGACCAUCCCAGUCUAUGAACUCACUGCUUAUGCUGUGGACAGAGGAGUCCCACCUCAAAGAACACCUGUCCAUAUUCAAGUCACUGUCCAAGAUGUUAAUGACAAUGCCCCUGUCUUUCCAGCUGAGGAGUUUGAGGUCUUAGUGAAGGAGAACAGCAUUGUGGGCUCUGUAGUGGCCCAGAUCACAGCCAUCGAUCCCGAUGAGGGACCCAAUGCCCAGAUCAUGUACCAGAUUGUUGAAGGUAACAUCCCUGAAAUUUUUCAGAUGGACAUAUUUUCAGGUGAGCUCACUGCCCUGAUUGACCUGGACUAUGAGACGAAGUCGGAGUAUGUCAUCGUAGUUCAGGCAACCUCUGCCCCCCUUGUCAGCCGAGCCACAGUUCGCAUCAAGCUCAUUGACCAGAAUGAUAACAGCCCUGUCCUUAAAAACUUCCAGAUCCUCUUUAACAACUAUGUUUCCAACAAGUCCAACACUUUCCCUUCAGGGGUGAUAGGGAAGAUCCCCGCUUAUGACCCAGAUGUGUCUGACAGACUCUUCUACACUUUUGAACGAGGAAACGAGCUGCACUUGUUGAUUGUCAACCAGACUAGUGGGGAACUCCGCCUGAGCCGCAAGCUGGACAACAACCGCCCUUUGGUGGCCUCCAUGCUGGUGACCGUCACAGAUGGGAUCCACAGCGUUACAGCCCAGUGCGUCCUGCGAGUCAUAGUAAUCACUGAGGAUAUGUUAGCCAACAGCAUCACUGUGCGUCUAGAAAACAUGUGGCAAGAGCGGUUCCUCUCACCACUCCUAGCCAGUUUUUUAGAGGGUGUGGCCACAGUGCUAGCCACGCCCAAGGAAGAUGUCUUCAUUUUUAACAUCCAGAAUGACACAGAUGUUGGAGGCCAAGUGUUAAAUGUCAGUUUCUCAGCAAUGGCACCUCGUGGUGGCCACUUCUUCAGCUCUGAAGAACUUCAGGAGCAACUGUACAUGAAGCGCAUGACCCUGACCUCAGUCUCCAUGCUGGAGGUGUUGCCCUUUGAUGAUAACGUUUGCCUUCGUGAACCUUGCCAGAAUUACAUGAAGUGCAUCUCAGUGCUCAAGUUUGACAGCUCGGCUCCCUUCAUCGCCUCCCCCUCCACCCUCUUCCGGCCCAUCCACCCCAUUACAGGCCUGCGAUGCCGCUGCCCCCAAGGCUUCACUGGGGACUACUGUGAAAUGGAGAUCAACCUCUGCUAUUCCAACCCUUGCCAAAAUGGAGGUGUCUGCACCCGCAAGGAAGGCGGUUAUACCUGCAUCUGCAGCCAGCAUUUCACAGGUGACAAUUGUGAAGUGGACAGCCGGACAAGCCGCUGUGUCCCUGGUGUGUGCAGGAAUGGAGGCACCUGUACCAACUCUGCAGAUGGUGGUUUCCUGUGCCAGUGCCCACCAGGGGGCUUUGAAAAGCCUUACUGCGAAGUAUCCACACGUUCCUUCCCCCCCAAAUCUUUCAUCAUGUUCAGAGGAUUGCGCCAGAGGUUCCACCUCACCCUCUCCCUCUCAUUCGCAACCUUAGAGCACAGUGGUCUCCUAAUCUACAAUGGACGUCUGAAUGAGAAGCAUGACUUCCUGGCUGUAGAGAUUGUGGAUGGGCAGGUGCAGCUGAAGUACUCCACAGGUGAAUCGAGCACUGUGGUUACCCCAUAUGUGCCAGGAGGUGUGAGUGAUGGGCAGUGGCAUACAGUGCAGCUUCAUUAUUACAACAAGCCCAAGAUCAGCUCCCUCGGUUCGGUUCAGGGACCUUCCAAAGACAAGGUGGCAAUCCUGAUGGUGGACAAAUGUGAUGCAUCUGUGGCCCUGCAGUUUGGCAAUGAGAUCGGAAACUAUUCCUGUGCAGCAGAAGGGGUACAGUCCAGUUCCAAAAAAUCACUGGACCUCACUGGGCCCUUGCUCCUUGGAGGGGUCCCCAAUCUGCCUGAGAAUUUCCCUGUUGAGCACAGGGAGUUUGUGGGGUGCAUGAGAGAUCUGUACAUUGACAGUAAACGCAUUGACCUGGCUUCCUACAUUGCAAACAAUGGAACCUCCACAGGUUGCCAUGCCAAGCACUCCUUCUGUGAUUCAAACCCUUGCAAGAACAGUGGCACCUGCACUGUGGGCUGGUCCACCUUCACCUGUGAAUGUCCUGUAGGCUUUGGAGGCAAGGACUGCCGGCAUGUCAUGCAUCAUCCUCACCGUUUCCAAGGCAACAGCAUCCUUUACUGGGACUUCAAGAAUGAAGUGAAAAUCUCCACUCCAUGGUAUAUCGGCCUAGCAUUCCGAACGCGCCAAUUGGAGGGAGUAUUGCUUCAGGCUCAUGCAGGCCAGUACACCACCCUACUGUGCCAGCUGGACUCCGGCCUGCUCUCCUUCAUGGUGAACAGGGGCUCUGGACGUAUCACCAGGCUCCUCCUGGACCACAUGCAGCUGAAUGAUGGGAAAUGGCAUGAUCUACAACUGCAGCUACAAGAUGUACGCAGUGGCCGAGAGACACGCUAUAUCAUCACUCUCAAUCUGGACUUUGGACUCUACCAGGACACCAUAGCUGUUGGAAAUGAGCUGCAUGGCCUCAAAGUUAAGCAUCUCCAUGUUGGGGGAAUCUUAGAUUCUGGUAAAGUGCAUCGUGGUUUGGAGGGAUGCAUCCAGGGAGUGCACCUAGGUGAUACACCCACAGGGAGUGCAUUAGUCAAGCCCAGCAGCACUUUGAACGUGGAGGCAGGCUGUACUGUGGCCAACCCUUGUGACUCUAGUCCUUGUCCAGCCAAUGGUAUUUGCCAGGACAAAUGGCAAACUUAUUCUUGUGGGUGCCAGCCAGGUUACUAUGGUGAGAGCUGUGUCGAUGCCUGCCAUCUGAACCCUUGCAAGAACAAGUCAGUGUGUCGGCGAAAGCCAGGUUCACCCCAUGGUUAUGUCUGUGAGUGCGGAGAAAACUACUUCGGACAAUAUUGUGAGCACAGGAUGGACCAACAAUGCCCCAAGGGCUGGUGGGGAAACCCAACAUGUGGACCCUGCAACUGUGAUGCAGCCAAGGGAUUUGACCCAGACUGUAAUAAAUCCAAUGGGCAAUGUCGCUGUAAGGAAUUCCAUUAUCGUCCUAAAGGAAGUGACACCUGUCUUCCCUGUGACUGCUAUCCCAUUGGUUCCUCCUCCCGUUCCUGUGAUCAGGAAAUGGGCCAGUGCUACUGCAGGCCAGGUGUAAUUGGACGACAGUGCAACAGUUGUGACAGUCCUUUUGCAGAGGUGACUCCCAGUGGUUGUCAGGUGCUCUACGAUGCAUGUCCUAAAUCUCUGAAAGCUGGAGUGUGGUGGCCCCAGACCAAGUUUGGCUUGCCAGUGGCAGUACCCUGUCCCAAAGGUUCCUUGGGUUUGCGGGGUACAGGUGCAGCAGUUCGGCACUGUGAUGAAGAGAAAGGUUGGAUGGAACCAGAUCUGUUCAACUGCACGUCACCUGCCUUUAAGGAGCUCUCAACACUGCUGGAGGGUCUGGAAAGGAAUGAAACUGAACUGAAUACCAUAGAAGCCAAGAAACUGGCCCACCAGCUACGGGCAGUGACAGACCAGAUGGAGCGCUACUUUGGCAAUGAUGUUCAUAUCACAUAUCGCCUGCUGUCCCACUUGAUGGCAUUUGAGAGCAGGCAGCAUGGCUUUGGCCUCACAGCCACCCAAGAUGCCCACUUCAAUGAGAACCUGCUGCAAGCUGGCAGCUCAGUGCUAGCACUAGAGAAUCGGGAGCACUGGGACACAUUGCUACAGAAUGAUCAUGGUAGUGCAGGCCUGAUGGAACAGUUGCGAGAGUACACAGGCACCCUGGCCAGUAAUAUGAAACUCACCUACCUCAACCCUGUUGGUGUGGUGACUCCCAAUAUUGUGCUCAGCAUUGACCGCAUGGAGAAUACCACCAACAUCAGGAGACGCUAUCCUCGUUAUCACAGCAGCCUCUUUCGUGGCCAGGCAAUGUGGGACCCACACACUCACAUAGUUCUUACACCUCCCAAAAUAGAAGCUCCAACCACUGCUGCAUCUAUAUCAGCUAGCAGUGAAGCCAACAACACCAUGGAAAGCUCCCCCCCAAAGCACUCCUUGCCAGAACCUGAGCCUGCUGUAACUAUCCUCAUCCUCAUAAUUUACCGCACACUUGGAGGGCUUCUGCCUGCCCGCUACCAGGUGGAUCGCCGCAAUCUCAGGCUCCCCAAAAACCCUGUUAUGAAUUCCCCCAUAGUGAGUGUAUCUGUGUUCAGCAAUCACACAUUUCUCCAGGGAUCUUUGGAGACACCCUUAGUGCUAGAAUUCCGCCUGCUUGAGACUGUCAACCGCAGCAAGCCCCUCUGUGUUCAGUGGAAUCACUCUAGCCAGAUUGAGCCCACUGGUUUCUGGACAGCGCGGGAUUGUGAGCUUGUGUAUCGAAAUACCACGCACGUCCGCUGCCACUGCUCCCAAUUUGGCACUUUUGGAGUCCUGAUGGACAGCUCCCACCGAGAGCAGCUGGAGGGCGACCUGGAGACCUUGGCCAUUGUGACCUAUUCCUUGGUGUCUCUCUCCCUGGUGUGCUUGUUGCUGACCUUCUCCUUCCUGGUAUGCCUGAAAGGUCUCAAGUCCAACACCCGGGGCAUCCACUGUAACAUCUCUGUCACCCUCUUCUUCUCAGAGCUUCUCUUUCUCUUGGGCAUCAACCAAACUGAAAACCAGUUCUUCUGCACUGUGAUUGCCAUCCUGCUGCACUACUUCUUCCUCUCCACGUUUGCUUGGCUCUUUGUGCAAGGGCUCCAUAUUUACCGCAUGCAGACUGAAGUCCGCAAUAUCAACUAUGGAGCCAUGAGGUUCUACUAUGCCAUUGGUUGGGGGGUCCCCGCCAUCAUCACAGGAUUAUCAGUUGGCUUGGAUCCAGAGGGCUAUGGAAACCCAGAUUUCUGCUGGAUUUCCAUUCAUGAUAAACUGAUCUGGAGUUUUGCAGGGCCCAUUGCUGUUGUCAUCCUGAUGAAUGGUGUGAUGUUCUUGCUGGUGGCAAAGAUGCUGUGUUCCCCAGGGCAGAAGGAAACUAAGAAGAAAUCUGUUCUCAUGACGCUGCGCAGCUCCUUCGUUCUGCUUCUAGUUAUUAGCACUACUUGGCUCUUUGGCCUCUUGGCUAUCAACAACAGUGUCCUGGCUUUCCACUACCUCUACACUAUCCUCUGCAGCCUUCAGGGCUUGGCGGUGCUGGUUCUGUUCUGUGUCCUGAACGAGGAGGUGCAAGAAGCCUGGAAACUAGCCUGUCUUGGCAAAAAGGGCCAGAGUGAGGAAGCCAACAGAGGUGGUCAGGGCCCUAAUGCCUACAACAACACAGCUCUCUUUGAGGAGAGUGGUCUCAUCCGUAUCACCCUGGGAGCAUCCACCAUCUCAUCUGUCAGCAGCGUGCGCUCAGCCCACACACAUUCCAGCCAGCGAGGCUACCUCAGAGAGAACAUGAUGGCACAUCAAGGCUCAGCCCUGGAUCAUAACUUGCUCAAUCAUGCUGGCCCCACAGACCUUGAUGUAGCUAUGUUUCACCGCGAUGCAGGACCAGAUCAAGACUCCGACUCAGACAGUGACCUCUCUCUUGACGAAGAACGCAGCCUCUCAAUUCCAUCAUCAGAGAGUGAGGAAAAUGUGCAUCUCCGGGGCAGGUUCCAGCGCCAAUUCAAAAGGGCAGCACACAGUGAGAGGCUUCUCACCAACCCUUCCAACACCACACCCAAAGAUGUAGAUGGCAAUGACCUGAUGUCUUACUGGCCAGCACUGGGUGAAUGUGAAGUUCACCCCUGCUCCCUCCAGAAGUGGGGCUCAGAGAGGAAACUUGGAUUUGAUGUCAAUAAAGAUGCCGCCAACAAUAACCAGCCAGACCUGGCCUUAACCAGUGGAGAUGAGAACUCCCUCACACAGACCCAACGGCAGAGGAAAGGCAUCCUAAAGAAUCGUCUCCAGUAUCCUCCAGCUCUACAAGGCCUGUCAUCCGUGGGCAGAAUGACCAAUGAGCUUUCCUGGUACAGAACAUCCACUCUGGGUCACAGGGCUGUUCCUGCAGCUUCUUAUGGCAGGAUUUAUUCUGGAGCAGGCAGUCUCUCUCAGCCAGCAAGCCGUUAUUCUUCACGGGAACAACUUGACAUGCUGAUGAGAAGGCAGAUGUCCAGAGAACAGCUGAGCCGGAAUAAUUCUGGCGAGUGCCUGGAAGCUGUAGCCAGCAGGCAUGGGUCUUGGGAGCGACUGGACACCAUUCUGAACAGGCCUGGGUCAAGGGAGCAUCUGGACACAAUCCUCAGCCAACAUGGGUCUAGGGAGCAUCUGGCAAGCAUACCCAGUAGGCAUGGGUCUAGAGAAAACUUAGGUGAAGUAGCUACAGGACAUGAUCAAAGAAUUCAUGGAAAUACUCUGCCUAGGAGGCAGGGAUCUAGAGACCAUCUUAAUACUUUGCCCUGUAGAUUUGGAUCACGAGAACAGCUAAACUGUGGUGGGGCAGUAAGAGAGAUCUCUAGAGAAUGGGUGAACACCGUGCCUAACAGGCAAGCAUCAAGAGAUUGUAUGGACACUUUGCCAAGUCAAGACACUUCUCGAGAACAGCUGGAUUUCCUAUCCAGAAGGCAGCCUUCAAGGGACCAGUUAGUAUUAGCUAGACAAAUAUCAAGGGAUCAGCUGGACUUCUUAUCCAGAAGGUCUAAUUCCAGAGAGCAUCUGGACACAAUGCCUGGCAGGCAAGCUUCUCGGGAAAAUCUAGAGGCUCUUUCUAGGCAGCAACCUUCUAGAGAAAAUCUCAAACUCCUCUCCAGAAGGCUUCCUUCUAGAGAAAAUCUUGAAGCGAUCCCCAGCCGUCACCCCUCCACAGAGCAAUUAGACAUCCUUUCUUCUAUUCUGGCUUCUUUUAACUCCUCUGCCUUGUCCUCUGUGCAAUCAUCCAGCACCCCCUCAGGCCCACAGACCACACCCACACCUUCUGUGGCACAGACAUCCUCGACACCCUCCAUGCUGUGUCCUUCACCACCUCGCUCUGCCACAUCUCACAGUAUUUCCGAGCUGUCACCAGACUCAGAAAGAGUAACAAGAAGUGAAGGUCAUUCCUGAGGGGCUGUCUCCUGAGAGUGCAAAGGAAGAAGAAGGAAUGAUUGCCAGGCCCGACUCUUCCAGCAGAGAUUUGGGAUCCUUCAGGCACCUUCAAGGAAAGAACUGAGGCUGAUUUGGAAGCCCGAAUCAACCACGACCUCCCCCAGCACUAUGUGGUGGAGAACUCGUGGGGUGAGAGCCAGGCAAAAUGCACAGACCUGGCUAUGGAAGAAAGGUGUCUCGGGUACCUCUGUGCCAUACUGGUCACCCUCCCUGCUCAGAGGGACACCCUGAAUGGAAGGGGAGGAAGUAACCACACCAUGAGCUAACACUGUUUGUUACAUAUCAGAAGCAGAACAACAGAAACCUUCCUUUCCGAAACAUUUCUGUACUCUGUGCAAACAUGAAAGGGUGGGGUGGCUGCAGUGGGGAGGGGCAGGGAAGGUUUUUUAUACAUUUUUGUAUCUUUGUAAUCAGAGAGAAGAGAAAUUUCUAUGGUUAUUUUUACGGUUCUUCUGUUCCUGUUGCUGUAAUGCUGAUCUCAUUUGUCUUGACAGUGAUAUGUCUGAACUGUGGCAUGAUGCUAUGCAGGCUUCUCCCCAGCAGGCCUCCACAAAGAUCCUGUGGAAGGAGAAUGGGGUGACAGAUCCAUUGAGGAUUCUCUUCAGCCAGCCCUCUGGGUGGUGUCCUGUUGGGUGCCUCUCACAUGUUCUCACGAUGGCAGUAAUGUGGCAGACAGCUUGCUGGGAGUCGAGGCAGGAUCUCUCUCUUUCAUAUGCGCACAUGUG